ACUAAAAGGUGUCCAACAAGCCUAUCGCACCUAUCAGCUCCGCAAAAUGAGUGCAAAAAUCGUGACGGCGGCGCUGGUGCUGAUGUUCGGUUGUCUGGUCGCCAGCCAGAGCAACCAUUUCUACUGGGGUGUCCGGGAUCCGCGCGAUGUCCUGCUGAAUCGCACCAUCGCGGUCGCGUCCGGUUCGUUCUUGCGGGUAAAGUCCAUUGAUCUCGAGUAUCCGAUCAAGGGCCAGCAGGGGCGCAACAUAUCGGCCAUCACGGUGCUCGAUCAAGAAAUCAACGGGAACGGUGGCUACGCCAGUCUGUUUGCCGGCGGGAUUGGCUACAGCUACACGACGGUUCACCUGAAAUCGCAGCGAAGCCACGGUUACAACUUUAUCGUGGAAAUUUAUGGUCGAUAGGAGCCAGCAGUCCACAAAUAGGUGGUGCCGGAAGGAAAAA